AUGAUUUCAUCACUGGAAUUAUGGAUAAUGAGUGAGAAGACAUCAGAUCAAAAACCACCUAUAAACAUAAUUUAAAUUUAAUAAAACCCAAAUUUCGUUUCUUCAUUACAACUAAGUCAUAGCCAAAAAAUGGACUCAUUUAUUUAAGAUUAAGCCAUCAUUCAUCUCAUUAAUAAGAAACCAAUAAAUUUAUUUUCUUAAAAGCCCUCUUUAAUGAUAUCCAAUAACCAUAAAUGUUUAAAACCAAUUACUAAACUUUGUUAAUAUUUCAUAGAUAAUCUAUAUAAUCUAAUUUUGUUUCUCCUAUUAAAAAAAUUACUAAUUGAUUAAAACCCUGAUACUAAUUAACCUACCGAAGAAUAUUACGAUUGA